GACCAUUGAAUUCCCUUUUAACAAUUUUUUUUGAAAAAACUUACUUUUUUAAAACAUAAAAAUGAGUAUGAAUUCUAAUCAUGAAAAUUGUUAUAAACCAAAAGUCAAAAAGUUAUGGUGUAAAGAAUGUGUUCCUCGUUGCAUAAUUGAAGAGUGGACCAGUGAAAACUCUGACAUUGAUGAAUUUAUCAAGAAUACAAUUUAUAAUGCAAAAUAUUCUGAUGAUGAUGAUGAUGAUUAUGAUGAUGAUUACCCAUUAUUUCUUGAAUGGAUACCAUAUGAUAGAUUUAAUGAUAUAAAAAAGAUUGGUGAAGGAGGGUUUGCCAAAGUUUACUCCGCAACAUGGAUUGAUGGUAAAGCAAUAUAUACUAGAAAUAAUGGGAGUUGGAAAAAAGGAGAAUCUGAACCUAUAAAAGUUGCUUUGAAAAAAUUAAACGGAUCACAAAACAUGUCGGAUGAAUAUUUAAAUGAGCUUAAAACACAUUGGGGUUUGUACAAUUCAAACACCGGUUCUUUAAAUUUUCAUGGAAUAACCAGGGAUCCGAAUACUAUAGAAUUUAUGAUGGUUAUGCAAUAUGCAAGCCAGGGAAACUUAAGAUGCGUUCUUUCAAAUAAUUUCAACAAAAUUUUAUGGGAAGAUAAGCUUUUAAAUUUAAUGAAUUCAGCAUACGACCUUAAAAAUUUACAUGAAUUAGGAUAUAUUCAUAAAGAUUUUCAUAGUGGAAAUAUACUAUUGAAUUAUGAAGAUAACGAAAAUAUUUCUUAUAUUUCAGAUUUUGGACUGUCCGCUGGACCAUCAAAUAAACAAAAAUCAGAUAAUAAAAUAUGUGGUGUACUACCAUAUAUUUCUCCAGAAGUUUUAAAUACUAAAUUAUAUACAUCAUCAUCUGAUAUUUAUAGUUUUGGUGUAAUAAUGACAGAAUUAUCGUCUGGGGUGCCACCUUUUUAUAAAAGAAAACAUGAUAUUAAAUUAGCAUUAGAUAUAUGCAAUGGACUCAGACCAGAAUUUGGAAAAGGAACCCCUGAAGUUUACAAAACAUUGGCUUAUAAAUGUAUGAAUGCCAAUCCUGAUCAAAGACCAACUGCAAGUGAAUUAUAUAACAUACUACAUUUUUGGCAUAAUUCUACGUAUGGAAAUUGUCAAGAUAUAAAGAAAUUUGGUUAUAAGGGAAAAGAAAUUAAAGCUAUUUUUGAAGAAGCUGAUAAAGAAAUACCAAGUAUUUCAACUUCAUUUGAGAAAAAUCCUGGUGCAAUAUACAUUAGUAGGCCAUUCAUAUUUAGUGAUUUACCAAAACCCAUUAAUUCACCUAUCAUUACUUCAUAUCUUCAAGAUUCUCUGCUGGCAGAAAUGGAGAUUCCAAAUUAAAAAAGGUAAUAUAUACGAUGUAUAUAUUUUAUUAGUAAAUAAAUAAUUAUAAUAAUGCCACGGAAAUUAAUUAAUUUUAUUUCAAAAUUUUUUUUUUUGUGAAAGAUUAUUUAUUAGCUUUUGUUUAUUUAUUUAAUUAUUAGCAUACUUUUAUCAUAUUAUCAUUAUUAUUUCAUAAUAUGUAGUUUUAUCAUCAAAAUUCAAGUUAUCAGUUAUUUAUACCUAAAAAGUUUUUUAUAUAUUG